GUAAAAGGUCAUUUUUGUGGAAUUUAGGAAAUCUGAGCACUGGCAAUGUUGUCUAGCACUCUACCUUAUCGUAAUGGACUUCGCGAAUUCUUAAAAACUGAGAAAAAGAAAGAUGAGAAAAGUGACGUGAAACUUCCACCAAUAGAUGCGUCACAUACGUUAUUAUCAGAUAAGAAGCAAAGAAACCCAUUUGUUCUUCCUUCUGCAAAUUCUUGGAUUAAUGCAUGGAAAGCUGAAAAAGAAACGCAAAAUGAAAUCAGAAAAACAGAAAGAAAAUGUAAGGUCCACCUCAAACACACAUUUUCAACGAGAAGUGCAUAUUCAACCCUGCCAGCAAUACGACAAAUGUGCAAGAAUAUAGAUAUGGAAGAGGCUGCCAGAAUGAAAAAAGAUUCAGAGAGUGUCUUGAAAACGACAAGAAAGCUACAAGUUCGGCCAGUUGAAAGGGAAUUCACACACGAUUUCAUUCAAAAAAAGAGAAAUAUUUUUCUGAUGGAGUUUGCGUUGCAAACCAAACGACAUGAAGUCGAAAAAUUCAAAGCUCUUGCUCUAGCUGGCGAGAAAGAGGUUAUUCGACAGAUGAAUAGAUUACACGAAGAUGCAGUAUUAUUUGAUGACUUCCUAAAAGCUACUGAUGAUGCUGCAGUUGAAGCAAUGAAAAUAGCAGAAAGAGAAACAAGAUUAAAAUUAGAACGAGUAGCUGAAUUCAAGAAGUGUUCGAGUCGCAUGACAGCACUGAAAAGCGAAAUAUCGAAGAAGGAUGAAAUACUAACCGAAUACUUGAACUGCAAAAUUUUCCUGACACGAGUCCAUGAAAAUGCUUUGAGAAAAGAUUCAUUGCCCAUCGGCACAGAUGAAUGGUCAGCUAGAAGGGAAGCAGAAAGAAUCAAGUUGCUUCAAAGUAGAGCUGCAUCUCGGAAAAGUACGACAGAUAGUAAACAAAAAGACAAAUUUUUGAGUAGGAGAAAUACUUUCAGGCGAGCAUCCAGAAAAGCUCCGACAGAAGAACGUGCAAUUUCUAGAGUAGAUAGCAAACAAGCAUUUUCAAAGAUCAUGUUUCCAGAAGAAUGGGAUCAUGAUGUUUCAUUAGCAAGACAACAGGGAAAAGGAAAUAGACGAGCAAAUACAAAUGCCGAAGAGCCAAAUUCAGCUCCCCGCCUCUCUGUUGAUGAUGUUCCUGCUGUUUUGCCCUUUGAAAACCCCGAGCAACUUCUUGACAUUAUUCAUGAUUUGGAAGAAAAAAAUUUGAAAUUAAUUUACAAAUAUCAGCAAACUGAGGAAGAGUUGGAAGAUAUGAAGAAUUCCGCACAAUCAGUUAAAAAGCGUCUUAUUGCCGAAACAAAAGUGUUAUCUGGACAUGUUCGUGAUAUAAGGGACAAUAUAUCAAAUUGUGAAAAUAAAGCAAAUGAAUUAAGCGUUAUGUGCACUAUUCUGAGUGGGGGCAGCAGAGAGCGAGAUUCAAAACAGGCUUUGGCAGAAUUGACAGUGAACGUUGCAAAGGUCUACAAGUCAGUAUUUAGUCAAUCGAUAGUAACCGUUGAUGCAUUGGUGAUGUUAACUUGUCUUGAAUAUCAAAUGGACGAGUUAUUAGAAGAAGUUGAUUCUAUCCAUCCAGAUAAAGUACAAGAAGUACAAAAAACAAUUGACAAGGAAAGACGAAUCCAACUACGCGAGGAAAAGAUGGCCAAUCCAGCGAUUAAACAAGGAAGAGCAAAGAAGGCGACUGAAAGGGCAAAUGCAGUCAGUUUCAAACGGACCGGAAGAAGACUUAGUUCAGGUAACAUGAAAGGCGUAUUAUUCAAUUCAUCACGAUAUAACAAGAAAGCAAUACUCAAAUAUGUGAACAUGAAAGCCAAAACAAAGUAG